AUGUACAGAUCCUUGCUCGAUAUCAAGUGUCCUGGAGUUUCCAAUUUCCCAACAGUCUCGGUUUGGAGGAAGAUCGUGCCCUCGAAGAUAUGUUUCUUCAUGUGGUCCGUGGCUCACAACAAGAUUUUAAUGCAAGACAGGAUGAAAAGACAAGGAUGGAAUCUAGCUAGCAGAUGCGAGUUGUGUUGCAAGGAAGAAGAAACGGCAAACCAUCUUCUCGCUGAGUGUACCUACACUAAACAAGUAUGGAACAUCAUCAAAAGAAUUUGCAGACAUCUUCGGUUCCCUCUUGGCAACAACAUCGACACUACUCUGAAGAAUUGGCUAGUUGAUAUCCCGGAUGGAAUGGAGGGUUGGUUCAGCUAUUGUGCUCUUCACGUUGUAUCUUGGUUCAUUUGGAUUGAAAGGAAUAGCAGAAUCUUCAAUGGUGAUAUGAGAGACCCAGAUCAUACUGCUGGGAAAACCCUGAAGAGUGUUGUGGGUUGGGGAGUGGCAAAUCGAAAAAUAGAUAAUCGGAGUGCCGCUUCCUGGCUUCGGGAUUGCUCUCGACAGAUUCAUGGAUGA